AUGGAGCGGCCGAUCCAUAGGGUGCGGGGCCGCCGCCGCCCGCAGGAGCCGCCGCCGCCUAUUGUUCAUGCGGCUCCGCAGAGCUGGGGGGAUCCCCCUCCCCCCCGACGGCGGCCGCAGGUAGGGCCCGGGCUGCCGGGGCGGGGAGAGCCGACUGGCCCCGGGCUGGCGGCUCGGAGCGGCGCGGCGCGGCUAGACGAGGGCGCCGACGGCCAAGCGCUCACCGCAGCAGAGGGGCGCGGCGAGCCGGAGUCCCCGCCUGCGCGUCGCCCCCCCCCCGCCCCCGGGGGCGGCCUCACUUCCUCAGCCGUGCGUAUACCUGCCCGCAGCCGGUGCCCGCCGCCCGCCCGUCCGCAGCCGCUCCCCAAUCCGCCCCGCGCAGCGCGCGCCCCGCCCCCUGCGCCGCCCGCACGCCCGGGACCACCUGACGCAGGCCUGGCUCCGCCCCAACCCUGCGGACCUGAGGGGCGGGGCUUGGUGCCUGGGCCCCGCCCCCUGCAUCAGGCCGUGCUGCUAUUGGCUGCGGUGACCCGAUCCCGGGUGUCCACCCGCACCCCCCAACUCCGAGGUUGGGGUGGCCUCGCAGGUUCCUCUCAUCCCUUUCCCUCGUCUUCGCACCUCCCCUUGUCCCGCCCUCUUGGAGGGUUCUCCUCCUAUUCUCGAACCCCAGGUCGACCCAGCGCUCUCUCUCAUUGGCCCGCCGUGGCUCCAACCAUUGGUCCACCGCACCUGUCCGUUUCCUGGAAGAGUUGA